UGCUCAAAAUGACCCACCUCAGUUAUAUGUAAGUGAACUGAGUACUACGUUCCAAUUUCAAAAGGAUCCUUUGGCACAGUUAACCUACACUCUCCGCUAAAGUUUCAUCAUACUACUCCAAGAAUUCUUACAUCCUCAGAUUUAGGCAACAGUAAGGACAUGUCUCUACUUAAUUGGAUGAUCAACAGAGAAAGUUUGUGAACUUUCUGAAAAUGAUACCUAAGUCAGGGGUUUGUCUCAAUAAUACUGUCACAUACCCAUCUCAAAAGACAUCAGGUUCAAAUCCACUUCUUCCCUGAUCACCUCUUCUUUUAUCUUUUUUCUUUUCUUAGUACUUUUUCCCUUUUAUUUCCUUAUUUAGUGGGAUUGCCAGGAAGGAAGAAAUUUUUCUCUACCAUUUUAGGUUCUUUUGGCUGGCCUAAGAACUAAAUUGAUACCAGACAGAUUAAUAUGUGAAAAUCAAACAAAAGUGUAAUAACAUGUAUACAUGGGAGAGAAAACUGAGUAAUGCACAAAAUGGUCGAAACCUUCACUCACCUUAAAUACCAUCUUCAGCUAAAGACAAAAAAGAUUGUUUGGGGCACUGGUUUAGAGACUUCAAAGGAAGGCAAUUGACAGGAGAUUACAAAGCAAAUGUUUGGAAUAUAAAAAAAACAAACAACCCAAUCGAAAAAUGGGCAGAAGACCUAAAUAGGCAUUUCUCCAAAGACGACAUACAGAUGGCCAAGAGGCACAUGAAAAGCUGCUCAACAUCACUAAUUAUUAGAGAAAUGCAAAUCAAAACUACAAAGAGGUAUCACCUCACACCAGUUAGAAUGGGCAUCAUCAGAAAAUCUACGAACAGUAAAUUCUGGAGAGGGUGUGGAGAAAAGGCAACGCUCUUGCACUGUUGGUGGGAAUGUAAAUUGAUACAGCCACUAUGGAGAACAGCAUGGAGGUUCCUUGCAAAACUAAAAAUAGAGUUACCAUAUGACCCAGCAAUCCCACUGCUGGGCAUAUACCCAGAGAACACCAUCAUUCAAAAAGACACAUGCACCCCAAUGUUCAUUGCAGCACUAUUUUCAAUAGCCAGGUCAUGGAAGUAACCUACAUGUCCAUCAACAGAUGAAUGGAUAAAAAAGAUGUGGUGCAUAUAUACAAUGGAAUAUUACUCAGCUGUAAAAAGCAAUGAAACUGGGCCAUUUGUAGAGAUGGAUGGACCUAGAGACUGUCAUACAGAGUGAAGUGAGUCAGAAAGAGAAAAACUAAUAUCAUAUGUUAACACAUAUGCGGAAUAUAGAAAAAUAUUACAAAUCAACAGUUUGCAAGGCAGAAACAGAGACACAGAUGUAGAGAACAAAUAUAUGGACACCAAGUGGGGAAAGCGGGGAGGGUUGGCAGGGAAUGAAUUGGGAGAUUGGGAUAACAAAUUGUACACUCUAAAUAUAUGCAGCUUAUUGUAUGCUAACUGUAUCUCAAUAAAAGUUCUUUAAAAAAAAAGGUUAAAAAAAAAAAAAAGCAAAUGUUUGGUAAACAAACGCUUGCUGGGUAUCACAGAGACAAUGGGACAGAGAGGAACUUUAACAGACUUUGCUAGGUCUCCCCCUGUCUACCACACCUAGUUCAUACUACAGUUAUCUAUGGUGACAGCUCCCUUCCUAGAACAGGUCCUCUGUAAAUACUUUCUUCUCAGCAGUGAAGGGGAAGCUCAAAGCUUCUUCCUGUGUCUUUUGGGCGUCGAUCAUUUGCAGCUGGAAAAAACCCGCAUGCCAAAGACACAUUUCGGGGUGGCAAAUUCUGCUCCCCUACAGGAUGAAUGUCAAAUCCAGAUGAACGUAUUUUUUAAACAUAGCAACUUUUUAAAGCAUUUAUUUUUAAUGGAAUGUUGUAGAAACACUGGUGAGAAAAGAAUUUACUUCCACUCUGAAUUCGCUCACAAGUCACAUUCUCUCCCUGGAUUCCCUGACCGGAGCCCCCCCAAGGCCAGCCCAGCCAGCACCGCCCUCGACCCUUCGACCUGAGUAGCGACCCUAAGCGCUUCCUGUUCCUCCCGGCUGGGAAGAGGGAGAGCAGUUAUUCGCCCUCCCCAUAUUAAGGUCACUCGCACGCCCCGCCGCCUCCCGGACCUCACCAUCUACCCUUCCCUACCUCCGCAACUUCCCCACUUCCGGGACCGGCGCUGUUUCCGGCGCCCGGAAGUGCGUCAUCACACAGCGCCAGGACCUGCGCGCGCGUGUUCCACGCUACCCAGAGGCCCCAGGAGAUCUUAAGAUUCGGAUGCUCGCGUGCACCGCAGAGAGAGGGUCCUGGAGCGGGACAGGGGCCUCUGCUCCUCGGCGCCGCCAUGCAGGUCUCCAGCCUCAACGAGGUGAAGAUUUACAGCCUCAGCUGCGGCAAGUCCCUUCCCGAGUGGCUUUCUGACAGGAAAAAGAGAGCACUUCAGAAGAAAGAUGUUGAUGUCCGUAGGAGAAUUGAACUUAUUCAGGAUUUUGAAAUGCCUACUGUUUGUACCACUAUUAAGGUAUCAAAAGAUGGGCAGUAUAUUUUAGCAACCGGAACAUAUAAACCUCGAGUUCGAUGUUAUGACACCUAUCAAUUAUCCUUGAAGUUUGAAAGGUGUUUAGAUUCAGAAGUCGUCACCUUUGAAACUUUGUCUGAUGACUAUUCAAAGCUUGUCUUUCUGCAUAAUGAUAGAUACAUCGAAUUUCAUUCACAAUCAGGUUUCUACUACAAAACCAGAAUACCAAAGUUUGGGAGAGAUUUCUCUUACCAUUAUCCGUCCUGUGACUUGUACUUUGUUGGCGCAAGCUCUGAAGUUUAUAGAUUAAACUUGGAACAAGGACGGUACCUGAAUCCUCUACAGACUGAUGCUGCGGAGAAUAAUGUUUGUGACAUAAAUUCAGUGCAUGGCUUGUUUGCCACAGGAACAAUAGAGGGCCGGGUGGAGUGCUGGGACCCAAGGACACGUGGCAGGGUUGGCCAGUUAGACUGCGCCUUAAGUAGCGUCACAGCUGUUUCAGAGAUAAACAGUUUACCAACGAUCUCCGCUUUGAAAUUUAAUGGUGCCUUGACCAUGGCAGUUGGAACAUCCACAGGACAGGUUUUAUUGUAUGAUCUUCGAUCUGAUAAGCCAUUGCUAGUUAAGGAUCACCAAUAUGGGCUGCCCAUUAAGUCAGUUCAUUUCCAGGAUUCAUUGGAUUUGAUUUUGUCUGCUGACCCUCGAAUUAUCAAAAUGUGGAAUAAGAACUCAGGAAAAAUAUUUACUUCCUUGGAGCCAGAACACGACAUUAAUGAUGUCUGCCUCUAUCCCAACUCAGGAAUGCUUCUUACCGCCAAUGAAACCCCCAAGAUGGGCAUCUAUUACAUUCCGGUUUUGGGUCCUGCUCCCAGGUGGUGUUCCUUCUUAGACAACUUGACAGAAGAAUUAGAAGAGAACCCAGAAAGCACAGUUUACGAUGAUUACAAAUUUGUCACCAAGAAAGACCUUGAGAAUUUAGGGCUCACACAUCUCAUUGGAUCACCUUUUCUCCGGGCAUAUAUGCAUGGAUUUUUCAUGGACAUAAGACUCUACCACAAGGUGAAAUUGAUGGUAAAUCCAUUUGCUUAUGAAGAAUAUAGGAAAGAUAAGAUCCGACAGAAGAUAGAAGAAACACGAGCACAGAGAGUCCAAUUAAAGAAAUUGCCAAAAGUUAACAAAGAGCUGGCACUUAAAUUAAUUGAGGAAGAGGAGGAGAAGCAAAAAUCUACAUGGAAAAAGAAGGUUAAGAGCCUUCCUAAUAUUCUCACUGAUGAUCGAUUUAAAGUUAUGUUCGAGAACCCUGACUUCCAAGUAGAUGAAGAGAGUGAAGAAUUCAGGCUUUUGAAUCCACUUGUUUCCAAAAUUAGUGAAAAAAGGAAGAAGAAACUAAGACUUUUAGAGCAACAGGAACUUCAUGAAAAGGAAGAGGAGGAAGAACCGGAAGGAAAACCAAGUGAUGCAGAAAGUUCUGAGAGUUCGGAUGAUGAAAAAGACUGGGUUGCAGAGGUCAGGAAACAGCGCCGACUUCUCCAACAGGAGGAAAAAGUGAAGCGGCAGGAACGGCUCAGGGAGGACCAGCAGACGGUCCUUAAGCCCCAGUUUUAUGAGAUCAAAGCAGGCGAAGAAUUCAGAAGCUUCAAAGAUUCUGCCACAAAGCAGAAGCUGAUGAAUAAAACCCUUGAAGACCGGUUGAAACUCGAAGCGAGAAAUGGGACAUUGAGUGUAUCUGACACCACGGUUGGCAGCAAACAAUUGACAUUUACAUUAAAGAAGUCGGAACAGCAGAAGAAGCAGCAGGAGGCUGAGAAACUGCACCGACAAGAGAGGAAGACCCUCCGCCGUUCAGCCGGUCACCUGAAGUCCAGGCCCAGGAGAGGGCGGCCAUUCCACUGAGUCUGGAGCGGAUCCCACGCGUGAUGCGGAGGAGCUCGUCGUUAGCACGUGUUGUCCACAGGCGGGACGCGCGCUUGUGGAGUCCCGUGGAAACGCUUGCUGCGUCUGCAGAGAGAGGUCAAGCUCUGGCAGUGGGUCCUGGGCCUCUGGUCAGACGUGGGGCUGCGCCCGCUGGCCGUGCAGUGCCCCCAGGGCGCUACGGUGCCAUUGUCGCUUCCCGAGAACAUUGUCCCUUUCCCCUGGUUUUAAUCACGUAAACGAGGUCGUUGUUUUUUAAUAUUGUGAAACAUGCACCUUGAAAUGAGAGGUUGUCCUGUGCUGAAAGCCAGGACUCACGGUCUUGCAGGGGCUUUCCUUCUCACGCUGCCUGCCGCCGUUCACGCGUCGCCCAGCCCGGGACGCCAUCCCUGUCUUGCCUGACUCGUGGGCGUUGGUCGUGCUUGCGUUUAUAAGCAUAUACUGGUAGUUGUGUUGCUUGUUUAUGUGUUAGUUUGGGAUUUUUUAAAACGUAUUUUUAUACCAAGAGAAUAUAAAUUAAUGGUAGCAGCAGUCCAAAACAAGAAGUAGAAGCUACUGGAUAUUCUUUUAACUUGGCACAAGAUUAAAUACAGAUUUUUUUUUCCUGUUUCUUAAGUGCAACUAGAGAUAUAUUGACUACAGAAAACAUUUAUAAAAAUAAAAGCUUUCAUUUGAACAGCU